AUGAGUAUAAUUAAUUCAAAUACUCCUGAAGAAGACCAACAACAACCAAUUGAUCAACCCAGUCCAAAUACUGCCAGUCAAGACCAGCAGCAGACAAUGAUUGUAGCUGGUCCAAGUACUUUUAAACAAAGUCGGAAACGUCCAAUUGAUCAGCCCAGUCCAAAUACUUCUGAAGAAGAACUGCAAGAUCCGACAUACCAACCCGGCCCGAGUGCUUCAAAACGAGGUCGAAAAUGGCCAAUUGACAAAGGUGAACCUGCAAAUACUAGUUCAAAUCAGGAAACUGUACUAAACGAACAAGAUCAGGAAACUGUACUAAACGAACAAGAUCAGGAAACUGUACUAAACGAACAAGAUCAGGAAACCCUUGAUUACAUAAAGGAAACGCUUAAAGAAAUACUAAAGAAAAAAGAACAAGCCCAUUUUAAUUAUGCAAUCUUUAAAGCCAAACAAAAGUUAGCAUUAGCCGAGAGCAAAAAUAUGCCCAAGCCAGAGUACACCCCAGAAGCUGAAAAGGACUUGAAACAAAAGUACACUGUAAUAAGAAAACAAGCAGAGCAUAUGAGACGAAGACUAAAAAAGUUUAUGGCAAAGCAUGGUUUGAAAUUUGAAGAGCCGAAUUUGGAUUGA